GCUUGGUUGGGAUAGACAAUGCAGAGCCGCAGACAGGAGGAGCCGGCAAUGCAGCAGGAUCCUCAGGCCAGCUCUCCUGAAGAGGAGGUCCUCAUGAAUCAUUACAAGAUCAUCAAGACCCUCGGCACAGGUAACUUUGCUCAGGUGAAACUGGCCCUCCACCUCCAUACAGAGGUACAAGUUGCUCUGAAGACCCUGGAAAAGGAUAAAAAGAAUGCUUCUUUGAUUGCAAAUGAGCUAGAGAUCAUGAAAAUACUAGACCACCCUAAUAUAACUAAAUUGUUCCAUGUCAUGGAAACCACUGAACACAUCUACAUGGUUCUGGAAUAUGCCUCCGGAGGUGAUCUGGCUGGUCGUAUAUUAGAAGUGGACUAUAUGAAGGAAGGGGAAGCCCGGUGCAUCUUCGCACAGAUGGUAUGUGCAGUUAACUACUGCCAUGAGAAUGGCAUUGCACACAGGGACAUCAAACCAGAAAACAUUCUGAUGGAUGCACAUAGAAACAUCAAACUGUGUGACUUUGGCCUGGCCAUCAAAGUUACCACUGAGCAGAAGUCAGUGUUCUGUGGCACCCUUCCAUAUUGUGCUCCAGAGCUUUUCAGCAGCCAAGGCUAUGAUCCCAGGGCACUUGAUAUCUGGAGCAUGGGAGUGGUACUAUAUAUCAUGGUGACAAAGCACUACCCAUUCAAAGCAACAACAUAUGAAAAGAUGAAGGAGGAAAUGCAAGAACCACAUUACUACAUUCCACCAAAGCUCCCAGCACACAUUGCCAACCUCAUCGUGCAAUUGUUCACUAUUGAUCCUGGGCAGAGGCCCAAGAUACGUGACAUUAUGGAACAUCAGUGGCUCAAGGGCAGUGAAGAGUUUUCAAAACUAACCCAGUCCCUAGAAACACUCCCCAACAAGCCCAACCCCAAUAUUAUGGCAGCCAUGUGGGGCAUGGGCUAUAACCCCAAGGACAUUAGAGACUCCUUACAUGAAAAAAAAUUUAAUAGCAUCAUGGCAACUUACUUAAUUUUAAAACAUCAGCCACCCUGGGUGGACAACAUUAACAAUACUUUUAAGCUCAUGCAGCCCAGUAUUGCCAUGGAACCUUCAGAGUCUUCUACCUUCCAUCUCUUCCUAAAGAAGACAGGGAAUGAGACUGACCAUUCCACCUCUACCCUGCCAGCAAAGUAUCAGUCUCAUGACAAUGAUAACAAGCUUGUAAGGAAGGAAGACAGCAAGAAUCUCAGCAUGCCUGCCAUUCUAUGCUGCCAGCAUAAGAGCCUGCCUCACCCUACAGGCACCCAGUGUGGUCCUUUGCAGCAUACCCAUGAGCAGCUCCUGAGCGGCAGCCUGCAGAAGAGAAGCAGGGCUUCCAAGAGUGUGUCCUGUGGUCCUGUGCAGCAUGAGCAGCUCCUGAGCAGCACCCUGCAGAAGAGAAUCACGGCUUCCAAGAGUGUGUCCUGUAGUCCUGUGCAGCAUGACCAUGAGCAGCUCCUGAGCAGCACCCUACAGAAGAGAAGCAUGGCUUCCAAGAGUGUGUCCUGUAGUCCUGUGCAACAUGACCAUGGGCAGCUCCUGAGCUGCACCCUGCAGAAGAGAAGCAGGGCUUCCAAGAGUGUGUCUUGUAGUCCUGUGCAGCAUGAGCAGCUCCUGAGCAGCAUCCUGCAGAAGAGAAUCACGGCUUCCAAGAGCAUGUCCUGUGGUCCUGUGCAGCAUGACCACAAGAGGCUCCUGAGCAGCACCCUGCAGAAGAGAAUCACAUCUUCCAAGAGUGUGCACUGUGGUCCUGUGCAGCAUGACCACGAGCAGCUCCUGAGCAGCACCCUACAGAAGAGAAGCAUGGCUUCCAAGAGUGUGUCCUGUGGUCCUGUGCAGCAUGACCAUGAGCAGCUCCUGAGCAGCACCUUGCAGAAGAGAAGCAGGGUUUCCAAGAGCAUGUUCUGUGGUCCUGUGCAGCAUGACCAUGAGCAGCCCCUGAGCGGCACACUGCAUAAGAGAAGCAGGGUUCCCAAGAGCAUGUCCUGUGGUCCUGUGCAGCAUGACCAUGAUGAGCAGCUCCUGAGCAGCAGCCUGCAAAAGAGCAGCACGGCUUCCAAGAGUGUGUCCUGUGGUCCUGUGCAGCAUGACCAUGAGCAGCUCCUGAGCAGCAGUCUGCAGAAGAAAAGCAUGGCUUCCAAGAGCAUGUCCUGUGGUCCUGUACAGCAUGACCAUGAUGAGCAACUCCUGAGCAGCAGCCUGCAGAAGAGAAGCAGGGUUUCCAAGAGCAUGUCCUGUGGUCCCUUGCAGCAUGACCAUGAUGAGCAACUCCUGAGCGGCACCCUUCAGAAGAGCAGCACGGCUUCCAAGAGCAUGUCCUGUGGUCCUGUGCAGCAUGACCAUGAGCAGCUCCUGAGCGGCAACCUGCAAAAGAGCAGCACAGCUUCCAAGAGUGUGUCCUGUGGUCCUGUGCAGCAUGACCAUGAGCAGCUCCUGAGCAGCACCCUGCAGAAGAGAAGCAGGGCUUCCAAGAGUGUGUCCUGUAGUCCUGUGCAAAAUGACCAUGAGCAGCUCCUGAGCGGCAUCCUGCAGAAGAGAAGCAGGGCUUCCAAGAGUGUGUCCUGUGGUCCUGUGCAGCAUGACCAUGAGCAGCUCCUGAGCAGCACCCUGCAGAAGAGAAGCAGGGCUUCCAAGAGUGUGUCUUGUAGUCCUGUGCAGCAUGAUCAUGAUGAGCAGCUCCUGAGCGGCACCCUGCAGAAGAGAAGCAGGGCUUCCAAGAGUGUGUCCUGUGGUCCUGUGCAGCAUGACCAUGAGCAGCUCCUGAGCAGCACCCUGCAGAAGAAAAACAUGGCUUCCAAGAGUGUGUCCUGUGGUCCUGUGCAGCAUGAUCAUGAUGAGCAGCCCCUGAGCAGCACCCUGCAGAAGAAAAACAUGGCUUCCAAGGGUGUGUCCUGUGGUCCUGUGCAGCAUGACCAUGAGCAGCUCCUGAGCAGCACCCUGCAGAAGAGAAGCAAGGUUUCCAAGAGUGUGUCCUGUGGUCCUGUGCAGCAUGAGCAGCUCCUGAGUGGCACCCUGCAGAAGAAAAACAUGGCUUCCAAGGGUGUGUCCUGUGGUCCUGUGCAGCAUGACCAUGAGCAGCUCCUGGGUUUUCUUUCUGAAAACCACAUCUCCCAGGUGGAGCCCCAGAGUGAAAAUACCCCUAAGUGCAGCUCAUCCAUCCAGGAUACACCAUCUACAAGGAGCUCCAAAGAGGGUCCUCAGGAUGUGACCACCACAGACACUCAUCCCAAGGAUAGGAGCUUGUCCCCCCAGGAAACAUCUGAACCAAACCUCACCAGUGCCCAAUCCCAGAGAAUGACCACAGCCUUUCUUCACAACCUAUGGGGUGGAUGGAAGCGGGUGAAGAGGAGAAUUGUGAGGUGUUUACGGAGAUUAUGCUGCUGUUUGCCAGCCCAAAGGAGAAGCUGCACUUCCCAGAGGAGAGUGGCUCCACUGGAAGGAGGGGACAGUGGAGUCACAUAGAACCAGGUGGAGGGAAAGAGUGGAGUCACACAAACCAGGACAGUGCCAGCGAGCUGGAGAAUGUGUGUCACUUUGGCUGGACUCCUGAGAUGGUGCUCCACUUCGGAGAGAUGCUCCAGAAAGCCUGCCUGAGCAAAUUACAAAAGUGUCUCGGUGGAGCCUUGAGAAAUGAAUGCUCAUUUCUGGCAGCUGGGCUGAAUCUCUUGAGAAGGGCAAUGACCAUGGACCCCCACCCCCUGUCCCAGGUCACUGCUAAUGUGAAGGUAGGAACUUGGGGUCAUCCAGGUGCACCAUCUCUCAUUGGUAUCACAUAGAUAGAGUUUACAGCAGACUCAAAUACUGUAGUAACUGAAGUAGAAAUCCAACAUAGUUCUCAUAAAUUGGCAUUCAGAACACUGAGGCAUGGCUGAGAGGAAUCUAAAGGGAUAGGCUCUCAGACCCCUGUUCUUCAGCAGCACAGUUGUUAAGGUGACAGAUCUUUUGAACUUCAUCUAAAGACUCAGCAGAAUGACAAACCGAUGCCCAACACAUCAAAUGGAGCAAGCAACUGGGCUUAACCCUGGAAGAGACGGCAGAGGAUGGAAGCGACCCCUCAAGACCCUGCACUUCUGGUUCCAGCACUUACCAAAAGCCUCAGUGAUACAGAAAGUGUUCAGGGGAAGGAAUGGAGACUGGACACAUGGAGCCGGCCAGAGUCCAGCAACAGACCCACCUAAAUCAAGUCAACUGAUUUUGUCAGAGGCACCCAGAGAACCAAGGCAGAGAAAAUGGUCCAUCCACAAAAGACUGCAGAACAAGUAUUGGAAAAACAAACAAUACAAAAUCCAUGUGGGAAAUUCACUGUCACAAAGGUUAUGGCUGACUAAAUAUAAAAUUAAAACAUGAUGUGGAAGCUGUAAAAGUCAUAGGAGAAACCCAUACAGCCUCAUGCCUUAUUAUAAGGUGCUGUGGAUGAUUGAUUGAUAAAUAAAACUCUGAUUGGC